CAGAGACAGGGAUGCACAGGUGACUCCUGCUUCUUCUCCUCAGCUGCUGAAAGAGCAUUUGUGUCAUGGAGACGUUUGGUCUGAGGAGGACCCAAUCCCUGAGGAGUCUCUCUGGGGGUGGCGAGAGAUCAUGGGUGAUGUCAGCCUCCACCCGCUGGGAGAGGAAGUCGGUGACUCAGCUGGUGCAACAAUACCAAAGCUGUUCACACUUGACCAGCAUUGAAAAAGGGGACCAUAAACUUCAGAGUUCAGAGGGCACUGUGGAGAGUAGAUGGCGGAGGUCAGAGGGCAGGGAGAGCAUCUCUCUGUGGGCGUCUGGAGGGAGCUCAAAACUCUGGAGGAGUCGCUCCAUGGAAGUACUCCCUCAGAAAGAGUCUUCAGGCACCAAAGCUCUGUGUGCUCUGUUUGAGUCCAAAGUCUCUCUGCAAGAAAGCUUCAGCAGCUCUCAACUCAACUCAACACCUGCUAACAGCAGUAAGAUGGGGAAAGAGGGCCCCCUGCAGGACUGGAGAGGCUACAACACCCCUUUAAAGGAUACAAACAAUCAGAGAAACUCCCAGGAGGACGGAGGAAAGGUCAUGAAUGGACUGCCAGAAUCUUACGACAGAUCAUCCCGAUAUUCACACGAUGACAAAUACGCUCCAUCACUGACUCAGGGGGGCUCCCCAUCAAGACUAAGCAGAGACAGGAUAUCUUUGUCGUCGUCUGUGAGAGACCGAUCAGCUCUGUAUCUGUCGAGAACAGCAGCAGCAGACUCCACAGGAGGCUCCACACACACGGAAGUCAUCAACACUCAAGUCAAGAGGACUAAAACCACAAAGAUGGCUGAAGCAGCCAGGAAAGUCACAGUCUCACCAUCAUCUCAUGAUGACGAAGACCUGCCUCCACCCCCUCCUCCAAUACCACCAAGACCCCUCGACUAUGAAGGGCCUUCAGAGCUUUGUGGCCUUCCUGUCCCUCCACCCAAAGAAACCUUCUCUGGGUUCUACCAGCAGCGGCAGAAAAGUGAGCUGAAGAGGCUCUUUAAGCACAUCCACCCAGACCUACGGGCAAAUCUUGAUGUUGCGGUGGAUGACGAGAUACUGAAGGCAGUUCAGUCGGAAAACCCUCAGGCGGAAUCAGGUUACCAAGGUGAAGUCCAGUCCAUGAGGUGGAUCUUUGAGAACUGGACCCUGGACAACAUUGGGGAUCCUCAUGAAACCAAGAAGCUUUUGUCUGAUGAGGAGUUAAAAGGUGGAGAUGUCAGAGGUACCUCCUCUAUGUUUGAGCACAUUGACAGCACCCAACAAAUGUCAACUAAAAGACAGACUUCAGUACGUGGAGAUGUGAGAACGUCAAUGUGGCUGUUUGAGACUCAGCCCUUAGACUCUCUAAGCAAAUCCAAAACAGAAGAAGGUGAACUGGUUGAAGCAGUGCUGAAGGAACCAGUGCAGACGGGAGACGUGAGGGGAACGCGGAUGCUUUUUGAGUCUAAACCUUUGAGUGACUUGGGACGUUGCAACUCCAUCGAGGACCACAGCUUCCUCAAACUGAAAUCUGAGCUCCAGGAGCAGAAAGGAGACGUCCAAAAGACUGUUAAACUCUUCCAGGCAGAACCCUGCUGUGCUAUCAGAGACAACAGUGGCAACAUCCAUGAGAUCAAAUCUAUCUGCAGGGAGGAAAUCAACAGCAGCAAUAUCAGCACUGCCCGCUGGCUUUUUGAAACACAGCCACUGGACCUGAUCAAUAAGGGAACUGAUGGGGUGAAAAUAAUCCGAGGUAUAUCUCUAGAAGAAGGCAACAGAGGAGGAGUUGACCAGAAGAGGUGGAUGUUUGAAACUCAGUCUUUUGACACGAUAACAGAAGUUGUUGGAGAGGACAACUUUAAAGGGACAUUGGCUGAAUGCGCAGAAGAGGCGGACGUCGACAGCAAGAGAAAGCUCUUUGAAAUGCAACCCUUGGCAGCUCUGAAAGGAGACUCUGAGGAAAAGUCUCUGGAAAAAGAAGCAGUUAUUGGCGGAGAUGUUAAGACUUCUCUGUGGCUUUUUGAAACUCAACCCAUGGAGUCUCUUAAUGAUAGCUACGAAGUUGGGCAUUUGAAGAAAAUCACUCUUUCAGCUAAUGAACAAGGAGAAGUAAAAGGCAAAAAACAAAUAUUUGAGAGUGCAAGCAUGCAGAAAAGCACUUUGUUCAAGGAGCAAGAGAUUGAAAAAGGUGAUGUAAAAGGAUUCAAACAUCUCUUUGAAACGAUUCCUCUGAGCAAAAUUGCACACUCUGACGAGGAAUCUAUCGAGAAGGUAAAAGUUAUCGAAGCAGGAGACGUACAAGGCAAUAAGGCAACAUUUGAGAUGACUCCCUUAUAUGCGAUAAAGGACAGCUCUGGUAACCUCCAUAAAGUCACAACAGUCAGCCGAGAAGAACUAAUCAAAGGAAAAGUCCAAAACUAUAAGUGGAUGUUUGAGACAAAACCUUUAGACAAGCUUACAGAGGGGAAAGAAAACGUUGAAGUUAUCAAAGGCAUCACAAGACACGAGGAUACAAUGGGUGACGUCAAGAUGGCAAAGUGGCUUUUUGAGACUCAGACCAUAGACGGUAUCCACUCAAAGUUCAACCAGACAGAGCAGAGCACUGAGGAGGAACAUCCUAAAGGUGACGUUAAGACCUGUAAAUGGUUGUUUGAGACACAACCAAUGGACAUUUUGUAUGAGAAAUCUGACAAAGUACAUGAGAAAGAGACCAUUGACAACGCCAAUGUGAAGUCCAUUACUUGGCUUUUUGAAUCACAGCCUCUUGACAGCAUCAGAGAUGGUGAAGAAUACAAUCUGAAGCUCUGCAGCACCAUUAAAGACUCCAUCAAAUCAGGGGCCGGUGUUCAAACAGUUAAACAUCUGUUUGAAACAGAAACCUUGGGUAGCACUAGAAAGGGUGCCAAUCGUGAACGUGACGUGAGACGUGUCAGCCAGGUCAACUUUCAGUCAGGGGAUGUCUCAAAAGUCAAGGAACUUUUUGAGUCCCAGUCUCUGGAUGAAAUAGGAUCAGAAAUGGUGACAACAUCCGAUCAGCAGAGUCAAGAUCAGCAGGUUGAAAAAGGUUCAGUUCAUACAUUUACUUGGAUGUUUGAGAACUGUCCCAUGAACCAGAUCAACAAGGACAAAACUGAUGCAAACGUUCAGAAAGUCAGUGGUGCAGAGAGUGGUGAUGUCCGGAACAAAAAGUUCAUAUUUGAAACCUCCUCUCUGGACAAAAUCCAGGACCAACCCCUUGAACAGGUGUCAAGUUCCACUGAACAACCUGUGAGCAAUGUUGAUGUAAAGUCAAGCACCAUGAUGUUUGAGUCCCUGCCACUGUAUGCCAUCAGAGACAAAGAAGGCCAGUUUCAUGAAGUUACAACAGUGAAAAAAGAAGAGGUACUGAGCGGUGAUGUGAGAGGAGCAAGGUGGAUGUUCGAGACAAAACCCCUUGAUGCUAUCAAGGCAGAGAAUGAAGUCUAUGUGAUCCGAGCUGUCACCCAGGAGGAUGUCAAGAAAGGGGAUGUCAAAUCAGCAAGAUGGAAGUUUGAGACUCAACCUUUGGACUCCCUUACCAGCCGAGACGAGCCCUCUGUCAAAGUCACAGAAGACUUAGGAAGUAGUAAUGUUCAGCUUAAUAAACAGAUAUUUGAAUCUGAACAGGCAAGCAAGAAGUUUGUGCGAAUGGUUAGUGUCACUGAUGUCCAGCAAGGGGAUGUCAGGACCUCCACCUGGCUCUUCGAGAAUCAGCCUAUUGACAGUCUGAAAGGGGAACCUCAGGAGGAAGGUCCAGUAAAAACAGUCCACAGGGAAGACAGUCAGAAAGGAGAUGUCAAACGCUGCACUUGGCUGUUUGAAUCGCAGCCUCUUGAUAAAAUCAAGGAGUCUGAGGGGACUUCAGUGCAAAGUACAGGGGAGGAGAUACCAAAAGCUGAUGUAAAGUGCACCACCUGGCUUUUUGAGACCACUCCACUGGAUAAAAUCACUGCCAGCAGUGUUUCUGACACCCUGUCCUAUCUGUAUCAUAUGAAUUAUGUUCACUCAAGUGGCAUUGUAAUAGAAGCAAAUGAGAGCAAUAAUGUUAACAUGGCAAAGUAUGUGCUUCAAAGUGAAGAAGGUGUUCAAAUUCAGAAAGAAGAUGUUGUUGGGGGGAACAUCAGAAACAUCAUGCUACAACUCAUACUCAAACCGACUCUUAAGCCCCAGGUUAGACUUCUCAGAGAAGUGGAGAAGGGGAAAGUCAACACCACAGUGGUAGAAUUCCCCGUCUACCAGUCAUCCAUGAUGAUCAAACUGGAGAGAGACCAGAGAGUACAAAGCAUUAUCCAGAUGAUCGAGGAAAUGCUUGUUCAAGAUAAGGGUUUGAAAAAGGGAAUCAUAAUGCAAGAGACUAAAGAGGGACAGGCUGAGAUGUCAGUUUAUUCACUUAUCUGCAAUUAUGAAGCUAAAACUGAAAGUCACGUUAUAGAAAAGGGAGAUGUAAAGUCUACGAUUGGAAGUCUUUUAGCUACUGCCAAUAGUCAGAAGACUACUACAUCCUGUAGAGUGGACGAAACUGAAAAAGGAAAUGUGAAUUUGUACAAAAGUUGCAUUGAGAAAGGAGAUCUGCACUAUUUGAAAAGCCUCCAUGAAGAGGCAUUGGGAGAUGAAGUUGAUCACAGCACUACGGCGGAGGAACACAUUAAAAUAGUUCAAGGUGAUGUGAAGGAAGCAAAGAGAAGUCUCUGCCAGCAAAAAGACCAAGCAGAACGAACCAUUUCUGAUGUUUUGCCAGGGGAUGUAAAGAAUACUAAAAAGGUGUUUUCAUCAGAGUGCUCAAUCAUUGUUGAAAGCUGCAUCCCAAAGGAGGAAAUAAUCCCUGGGGACAUCUCAACUGCAAAGCAACAACUUGCAGAAAAGCAGCCUGUCGUUGUAGAAAAAGAGGACAUUGUCGCUGGUGAUAUCAAGGCAACAAUGCAGUCACUGGAACGUGCAAAGCAGCAGAGUAUGUGUGUUGAGCGGGAGAUCAUUAAACCUGGAACUAUCUAUGACAUGGACUUGUCAGCAGAAGCUCCUGUAGAGGAAAGCAGCCAUGUUCAAAAAGAGGUCAUUAUAUCUGGAGAUGUGAAAGCAGCCAAAAAGUCCUUGGAAAUGGCCAAACAGCAAAGCAUGCAUGUGGAACGUGAAGUGGUUGUCCCCGGGAAAAUAUACAAUCUCAAUGUCACCGCACAAGAGCAGAGCACUUCAACAAUGGCGCAGUCUACGUGUUCCUCUUCCUCCAGAAGCCAACAAGUCAAGACAAGCAAAUCAAAGUAACCUAUGAAGGACAACCCACCAUAACAUCACAGAAUUCAUCACCCAACCUCGUAGCAAAUGGAUACUCUAAUUCAUCCAGUCCUGAGGGUGUAUCGCCACCUCCAAUCCCUCAAAAGACAAGUGGGAAAGUGCAAGUGCAGAGGCCAGCUUUACCGCCGAAGCCACAGUGGACUAAAUCAGUAGUUGUGGAAGAACCAAGUACUUCAGGUUCUGCUCCCGAGGUCGCUUUCCCCAUGAAAAGCAGCAUGCAAAGUAAACAAGGUAUACAGCUACCUGCACCCUCAACAGCCACACUUCAAGAAACCACGAGACAUGGCAAAAUAAGUAAAGUAACUGUGUUUGAACCCUUGAAACAAGACAGUGUGGAUUCAAACCAAAAAUUGGAACACUUACCACUGGAUGCCAAGGCUCAGGAAAUUAAGAUAGAGAAAACAUUUACAGAGAGCAAAUCAGAUGGACAAGUAAUGAAAGGGGACUGUGACGUAGAAAUGGAGAAGAAUGUAAUUCAGAAAAUCAAUGCAGCUGAGGAGAUACAAAUGUGUAUGAAGAAAUAUGCAGAAGAAGGUAAACAUGAAAUGAAUGCAGGCUUGCAGACUGCUUUGAGGAACUUUGAGCGGACAGACACUCACACU